AGUCGGUUGGAAGGAGCCGUAGAAAUGCCGGCGGGGCCGGUACAGGCGCUCGUCCCUCCUCCGCCGCCUCAGUCGGAGAACCAGGUGCCAGAGGAAACUAAAGAUGAAAUACCAACGGCCAAGCCCAUCGUUGGUAUCAUCUAUCCCCCUCCAGAGGUCAGGAACAUUGUUGACAAGACUGCAAGUUUCGUAGCUAGAAACGGCCCAGAAUUUGAAGCUCGUAUCCGUCAGAAUGAAAUCAACAACUCCAAAUUUAAUUUCUUGAAUCCUAAUGAUCCAUACCAUGCAUAUUACCGGCACAAAGUCAAUGAGUUCAAGGAAGGGAAAGGUCAGGAACCUUCGGCCGCUGUGCCGAAGGUUAUGCAACAGCAGCAACUACCACAAAAGGUACAAGCACAGGUAAUUCAAGAGACAAUUGUCCCAAAAGAGCCUCCCCCAGAGUUCGAGUUUAUUGCUGACCCUCCCUCCAUCUCAGCCUUUGAUCUGGACGUUGUGAAACUCACGGCUCAGUUUGUGGCCAGAAAUGGCCGACAGUUUUUGACUCAGUUGAUGCAGAAGGAGCAGCGUAACUAUCAGUUUGACUUUUUGCGACCACAGCACAGCUUGUUCAACUAUUUUACCAAACUCGUGGAGCAGUACACCAAGAUCUUAAUACCACCAAAAGGUUUAAUUCUGAAAUUGAAGAGAGAAGCGGAAAAUCCCAAAGAAGUUUUAGAUCAGGUCAGGUACAGAGUUGAAUGGGCAAAGUUUCAGGAACGUGAGAGGAGGAAGGAAGAGGAAGAGCGUGAAAGGGAGCGAGUGGCUUAUGCACAGAUUGACUGGCACGACUUUGUGGUGGUGGAAACGGUUGACUUCCAGCCAAACGAACAAGGGCACUUCCCUCCGCCAACUACCCCCGAAGAGCUCGGAGCUCGAAUCUUGAUGCAGGAGAGAUAUGAAAAGUUUGGAGAGAGCGAGGAAGUUGAAAUGGAGGUGGAAUCCGAUGAUGAUGUUGAAGAAACUGAUGAUAAACCAGAAGAGGCUCCAGCACAGUUGGACCAAGAUACUCAAGUGCAAGAUAUGGACGAGGGCUCAGAUGAUGAAGAUGACGGUCAGAAAAUACCACCCCCUCCUGAAACUCCAAUGCCUCCACCGCUCCCCCCUACUCCAGACCAGGUCAUCAUCAGGAAGGACUAUGACCCCAAAGCUUCCAAACCAGUGCCUGGUGCACCCGCCCUGGAUGAGUAUCUCAUCUCUCCCAUCACCGGUGAGAAGAUUCCUGCCAGUAAAAUGCAGGAACACAUGCGGAUUGGGCUAUUGGAUCCCCGCUGGUUGGAGCAGCGUGAGCGUUCCAUCCGCGAGAAACAGAGUGAAGAUGAAGUGUACGCGCCAGGUUUGGAUAUCGAAAGCAGUUUGAAACAGCUGGCUGAACGACGUACCGAUAUCUUUGGUGUGGAAGAAACCGCCAUCGGUAAGAAGAUUGGCGAGGAAGAAAUUCAGAAACCAGAGGAAAAGGUCACUUGGGACGGUCAUUCAGGCAGCAUGGCCCGUACACAGCAGGCUGCACAAGCCAACAUCACUCUACAGGAACAGAUUGAAGCCAUCCAUAAGGCCAAGGGGCUGGUUCCAGAAGACGACACCAAAGAGAAAAUUGGACCCAGUAAACCAAUUGACUUACAUCCCCUGCUUUCUUCAUCAAAUCCAAUGAAUAUUCCACCAUUGUCAUCUGUACCUCGACCACCUUCCAUGCCUCCACCUGUGCGGAAUACCAUUGUCUCCUCAAUGUCAUCCAUGCCUAUUAUGCCCAGGCCACCGAUGGCUUCUGUGGUCCGUUUAUCACCUUUAGCUUCACAGAUGUCCCAUAUGCUUCAUGGCUCUCGAAUCAGUGUUUUACCAAUGCCUCAAUCAGCUUCACCUAUGAACCCUCGCCCACCACCAAUGGUGGUCCCAUCAGGAUUCGUCCCUGCCCCUCCUGUGAAUCCUGCUCCACUUUCAAGCUCCUUACCUCGCCCACCACCUCCAAUGGAAGAUGAGCCAGUAGCGAAAAAAUCAAAAACUGAAGACAACCUUAUUCCAGAAGAAGAGUUUCUGCGACGAAACAAGGGUCCAGUUACAGUCAAAGUGCAGGUUCCGAACAUGCAGGAUAAGAGUGAAUGGAAGCUGAAUGGCCAGGUCUUAACAUUCACUAUCCCUCUAACAGACCAGGUAUCUGUUAUAAAGGUUAAAAUCCAUGAAGCUACAGGAAUGCCUGCUGGUAAACAGAAGCUUCAGUAUGAGGGAAUCUUCAUCAAAGAUUCAAACUCUCUGGCCUACUACAAUGUGAUAGGUGGCUCAGUUAUCCAUCUGGCCUUCAAAGAAAGAGGAGGUCGCAAGAAAUAACCUAUGGUGCUGAAAUUGGAACUGGUUUGUGCACAGUUUUAAGAAUGUGAAUUCAACCAAACACGUUCAACAUUUUGGAAAUGUAUUUGAACUCUAAACUCGUUCAAUUUAUUUACAAGCACGCAAACAUUCAGAAUAGAAAUUGUAGAACAAGUGAAAACCUAGUACACCUUAAAGGUAAAAUAAAGCUAAUUCUAAAAUCUGAAUGCUUUCAUCCUUUUAAUACACAAUUUCUCAGUUUUAUUAGAUGGAAUUGUCAAAUUUUCUAGGGCGGUAAAAGGGUGAUGUUUGUGAUUAAUGGGACUUCCCACACAAAACCUUCAUAGAUUUGAUUAGGUGCCUACUUGAUUUCAAACAAUUGUGAUCCAAAUGUAGCAAAUUUUCUCUUUAGUCUACAUAAGCGAACAACUUGUUAAAUUAUCUGCCCUGCUAUUGUACAAACCAUUACCAUUUUGUGCUUAGCUUUAUGUUGAAUAUUUGUAAUAAAGCAAUACCGAUUCUU